GUGUGAGUGUGUGUGUGUGUGAGUGUGAGUGUGAGUGUGAGUGUGAGUGUGAGUGUGUGUGUGUGUGUGUGUGUGUGUGUGUGUGUGCAGGAAUAUACAGAGCUAUGGGUCAUUUCUGCCAGAAGACUACAGGAGGGUUAAGGGACUCUGUGCACAGCCCCAUUAUUUCCUGGACUUCAGAUUCAGGAAAUCCCCUCUGAUGUCUGACUGGGACAAUCAUGUGAGCUGAAGUCGUCCAGAACAGGAGUGAGUUUCACUGGACCACUGGGGACAUUUCCAUUACAGCGUCAUUAACACACAGAAUGGAUCAGAGUGAGGACAGAGAGGAGGGAGCCCCUCCUUGGAGUCCCGGACAUGGACCUGGACCUGGACCCAGCUGUAUGUCCAUGAAGAGUGAUGACUACAUGGAACGAGGGAUAUAUUUUAAAAGAGGACAUGUUUGUGAGCCUCAUCCUGGAGCUGGACCUGGACCUGGACCCAGCUGUGUGUCCAUGAAGAGUGAUGACUCCAUGGAACGAGGGAUGUAUUUUAAAACAGGAUGUGCUCCAAAGACUCAACCUGGACCUGGAUCUGGACCCAGCUGUGUGUCCAUGAAGAGCGAUUACUCCAUGGAACCCCCGCUGCUUUUUAAAAGAGGACAUGUUUGUGAGCCUCAUCCUGGACCUGGACCUGGACCUGGACCCAGCUGUGUGUCCAUGAAGAGUGAUGACUCCAUGGAACGAGAGACGUAUUUUAAAGCAGGACGUCCUUCAAAGACUCAGUAAGUGAACCUCAGAUCCAGUGGCAGCUCAUCAGUAGAGGGUGCUAGGGCGCCGCCCCACCUGUCUCACAUGAAGAAGACGAAGAUGGGAAUCACCUAAAAUAAUUUUACAAAAACAUUAAUAUUCAAAUAAAUGAGUAAUUCAUGAUACAGGCCAUGAGUACUGUGUAUAAUCUGCAUUCAAGUGGAGUUUAAACAUGUUUUCAGUUGUUUAGAAAACAGUCAACCGAUGCGUUUCCUGUUUGGGGCUAAAAUCUGCCCCCAAGGCUCUGCCUUUGUCAUAUUAGACUCUCGUUAUAAAUGGCAUGUGUGCAGUAGACCCCCUUCAAUACAAGAGAUGGAAGAACCUCAGCCCCACCCACAGGAGUGAACGUCAAAAAAAAUCAAGACCUUCCUCAAAAAUGGAAUCAGUGAAUAGGUCCAUAAGAAAAACUACUGAGACAUGACUAAGAGGCUGGAGAGAUCACUGGAUAAACACUUCACUCCCUCUCUUCAAAUCCAAACUCAAAACCCAUCUGUUUAAGACUGUUUUCUCAUUGUGAGCAAAAUUGCAUUGUCCAAUUUUUAACCUGCCUUUUGCUUUUGACUCUGUUUUAUUGCUAGUUUUAUUCUUGUUUACUGUACAGUGUCCUUGAGUGCCAAGAAAGGCACCUAUAAAUAAAAUGUA